AUGGCCUGCGGCAAAACCAUCUACCGAGGAGCGUUCGUCCACUGUGCCUCGUUGAAUGACCUGGACAUCUGCGAGAAUGGUUCUAUCGGUGUUGACGAGAGUGGGAAAAUCGCAUUCAUUCUUCGAGAUGUCGGAGAAGGACCUCAGCAUCUACCCGAUGGUGGUUGGGAGCAGGCAGAGGUGAUACGUGUAAAGGAUGAAGGCUUCUUCUUCCCUGGCUUCAUUGACACGCACAUCCAUGCUUCACAAUAUCCCAACGCCGGAAUAUUCGGCAAGUCAACUUUGCUCGAUUGGCUUCACACCUACACGUUCCCAUUAGAGUCGUCGUUUUCAGAUCUCGCCGUAGCCCGACGAAUAUAUCCUCGGGUCGUCAGCCGCACUUUGUCACAUGGCACAACCACCGCAUGCUACUACGCGACGACCCACGUCCCAGCUACGAAUCUACUCGCGGAUAUCUGCCACGCCAGAGGCCAGCGCGCCUUCAUCGGUCGCGUGUGUAUGGAUCACCCGGCCACCACAGCAGACUACUACCGGGAUCCCGAAGACGAGAGCACAACACUAGCCCUCUCGCGCGCCUGUAUCGCACACAUCAAAUCCAUCGAUCCUUCAUUCUCGCUACUCUCGCCGAUCCUGACACCUCGCUUUGCUCCAUCAUGCUCAGUCGAGAGCAUGCGCGCCCUUGCGGGCCUGCAUCGUGAAAUGAACAUUCCAAUCCAAACGCACAUCUCCGAGAACCCUGCCGAAUGCGCUUUAGUCAAGGAAUUGUACCCAGAUCACACGAGCUACACACACGUCUACGAUGCCGUUGGACUCCUGACGAACCGAACCAUCCUCGCACAUGCCAUCUAUCUCGAUGCCUCGGAGCGCGCCCUCAUCCGCGACCGCGGCGCGAAAAUCAGCCAUUGUCCUGCGAGCAAUACCGCACUGACGAGCGGAACGGCGAAAGUCCGCACAUUGCUAGACGAAGGGCUGACGGUUGGGCUGGGCACGGAUGUCAGCGGCGGAUACACACCGAGUGUUCUGGCGGAGGCGCGAGAGGCCAUUUUCGUCAGUCGCCAUGUCGCCAUGGUUGAGGGGGAGAAGGCAAAACUUUCGGUUGCGGAGGCACUUUACUUGGCUACCAGAGGUGGAGCUCAGGUUUGUGGAUUAGAAAAUAAAAUUGGAGGGUUUGAAGUUGGCAUGGAUUGGGAUGCGCAAUUGGUCGGUUUGCCGAGAGUCCCGGGUGAGGCGAGCAUACAGGACAACGAUCUGGACGAUGCUGGGUUAGUCGACGUCUUUGGCAACGAGAAUUGGGAGGACAAGAUCGCGAAAUGGCUGUAUACUGGUGAUGACCGGAAUACCUUGGCGGUAUGGGUUCGUGGGCGAUUAGUGCACAGCCGGAGGAGUUUCCAGCACUCAUGA